AUGCCAUCAAAGCCACCCACUCCAAAGAAAUCUCCGAAUCCCAUAAAUCAAUUCUCUGUGCUGCCUCUCGAUGAUCUCUCUCCAAGUCAAUCUUCCAACCACUCUUCAUCAUCGGGAGAUAGUUUAGUUUCGAUAAAUCCAAAAGAUUCGCUGGAAAAUCAAUUGACUUGUUUUCAACACGUGUUGAAAUUACCAAAAAUUCUGUUACAGGAACAAUGGAACUAUAUGAGUGAUUCGUUCAAGAAAGUAUUGUCACAACAAUUAUCACACAUUGGACAAGUGAAAAAAGAAGAUUUGGAAUAUUAUCAUGUCUUGUUGAGAAUGAUUAAAUAUUUGGCAAUGGGUGAAAAAGUAGCUGCUAAAAUGGGAAAUGACACCGAUGUGAUACCCUUGAUAUUGUAUUUGGCUUUUGAUGCAAAUACAGUGAAUGAUAAAUUUAUUGAUGAGGAAAUUGUGAGAUUAGCAUGUACUGCUAUUUAUGCAUUAACUGAAAAUGUGGAUGGAAAUCGAAUUAUUGUGAGAGAAAGUCGAGGGUUAAAGAACUUUCUUGAUUUGGUUCGAGUCAGUACACCCAAUAGUAAUCACAUUAGUUAUACUGUGAGCAAUGAAUGUAAAAGAAAUGCACUUUUAGUUUUGGAGAAAUUUUGUUUAAAUGAUUCUAACAAAUCACUCUUUCCAAUCAUUAAUGGAACUCAAAUUAUUAUUGAACAAAUGAAUCAUGCCUUCAACAGUAUCAUGAGCACUUCCAAAAAACAAAUGGAUCACUCGUUGUAUGGUAUUAUUGAAGCUUGUAUUCGUGUAUUGAAUGCGUUGAGUUUGAAUCAUGCCAAGAAUGAAGAAGAUAUUGCUUUGAAAGUUCCCAUUUCCCCAAUCAUUCUGACCAUUUUAAACUCUCUCAACGUUUCAAUGAAAUCAAAAGAAGAAAAAGGACCAUUGGCCUACUCUGAUGGAUAUCAAACGUUAAGAGUACAAGAUACAGACUUUACAGAAUUGUUGUCACAAAUACUUUCCUUACUAUUAAUUGUAUCUAAAAGAGAGCAACGAAAGAAUGAAUUGCUUAAUGUAAAUGCAUCACUGAAAGAGGAAAAUCAUUUCAUUGAAUUAUUGCUGUCACUGGUAUGCUAUCUUUUUUCAUCAGCCUCGAGCGGAACCAAUCAUACCAGACGAUCCUUUAGCAAUGCCUUGUACAUACUCGCCAAUUUAAGCUCAUUAGAAAAAGUUAGAAAAGAGCUCAUUGCACAAAAAGAUGGAAAGAGUCACAGCACAAAAUAUUUCAAUUAUUAUUUAGACAAAAAGUCGUUGAAUGGAGCUCAGGUCAUUCUCAGACAAUUUUCUCACUUUGGAACUUUGAAAACUCCUCAACCCAUUGAAGAAUCUGAAGAGAGAAGCUUUGCCGAGAAUGUUCUCUAUUUACUCACCAAGAUGGGAGAAUUCAACUUUAAAGAUUUGUUCACAUUUAUAGGAAUGAAAGUUACUGAAGUGCUCACUCACCUCUCAACCAUCAUUUCACACACCAAUGAUGUCCUGAUCCUUCAACAUACUCUCAAUCUCAUUCGAAUGUACAUGUCCACAGAGGUCAGAUCCAUUGUGGGUAAAAUUACAGAAGAUCACUCCAAAUUAGCAUCUGGAUGUAUUGUGUCCAUUCUUGGAAAGCAUUAUACGAACACUAGUAGUUCUUCCUUUACAUCCACUCUUUAUUUAAAUUCUUCGUAUCAUUCGGAUGUGGAAGUUGCAAAACUGCAAUUCUUGUGCCUAACUACGUUCAAUUCUCUUGACAUGCAAGAUCCUUCUAUUUGGAAAUUAUUGAUUGAAAAAGCUCAAAAAACAAUUCCUGUUCAUAGACUUUGCGAUUGGAUUCUUCAAACCAACGUCACUGAAGGAACCUCACGAAUUUUAUUGGCCAUUCUCGAAGUUUUGAAUCAAAUGGUUCAAUACGAACAAGUUGAUGUUCGAGGAAUUUCCAUGUUGGGCAUCACGUCAAAACUCAUUGCCAUGUUGGAGCACGAAACCUUUCAAGACAUUGUCGUUUAUCUCAUUUACAAUUUGUGUUUUGAUUCGACCUUUAAACAAAUGUUUGUCAACGGAGGAGGCGUCAAGCACUUGUUCAAACUCAUCAAAAUCAAAGGAGAUGUAUUCUUGAACGAUAUUUUGAAAAUUUUCACAGCACUUUCGAAAAAGGAUCGAUUCACCAAACAUGUCAUUGCAGAAUCUGGAUGUUUAGAUUAUAUUGUGAAUCGACUCAUGAAUGACAAAAAACUCUCUGCAAAAACUGUCAAGAAUGGAAUUGCAUUGAUUCAGAGUUUGUCUGAAGUACCUCAAUUGGCAACUUUUAUUGCAUCGUUUGAUGUGGUACCAGUCCUAGUGAAUAUUUUAACAUGUUCAGAUUCAUGUGCAAUUUUAGAACAAGCGACGAAUAUCAUUUUGGCAAUUGUGACGGUUCCUACGUAUGAACAAGGUAGAAAACGAGUGGUCGAGUUGAGUAAGGAACUCAUCAAUUUACUUCGUUGUGAACUUUCAGAAGUUCAAGAAAAUUGUAUCAAUAUCUUUUCAAAUGUUUCUUCGGCACAUCCUCAAUAUCAAACUGUGUUGAGAAAUAAUGGACUCGUUACAGAGCUGCAAUCGUUGGUCGAGGGAGAUGAUCAAUAUGUCAGUUUGGUCGCUCAACUCGCUCUCAAUACUUUUACAACCAAUGACAAACAAGGAUCUCAAAACAACAAGGGAGAAAACAUCAAGAAUCAAUUAUUAUCUGUAUCAAAAUCAGAGAGCGAUUUUAAAGCUAAAAAAGAUUACAUUGAGAAACAAUAUGUGAAAAAAUAUGAAAAUGAAAUCAAAACGGAAUCAAUCAUGUGGAACAGUUUGACACACAUGAACAAAGAUGCCUAUGAAAAAUUAACGAUUGAAAUGGAUUGGAAUUUCUUUGAUAGUUUGAAAUCAGAAGGUGAAAAACGAAGAGCAUUUCACUUGCUUAAAGAUAAUUCUUGGAGAAAUUUGAGAGAAUCCAUUUCUCUGUUCUGUAAUCAAUCUCCAAUUCAUAAUAGGAGUUUUUUAAUGUGUGUCAAUGUUGUGGUAGUGGCAUUUGACAGCUCGUCCUAUCUUGCGUUCAAACCUGCCUCUGGAAAAUUUGAAGCUGAUUUUUCAGAAGUUCCCAUGUCUGCUCGAAGUCAUCGAAAAACAUGUUCAACCAUGAAAAACAUGAACAAGAUUGAGAAUAUUAUUGAACUCUAUCAGAAAAAGUAUCCCAAUCUCGGAGUUUUACUCUAUAAUAUUGGUUACGAUGACAUGAAUACAAUGAGUCAGGAAGAUUUCAUGAAUAGUCUCAAUCGAUUACUCGAAGAUAGUAUUAAGAAAGUACGAGAAAUGACACCCAAGUCCUUGUUACUCUCCAUGGAGAAUGACAGUUCUAAAAUUCGAUCCUUGGAUUUGAAACGAUCACCUGCACGAACACCGACAAGUAUUUCCUCCAUCUUUUCAUCUUCUUCAACAACAACAACAACCAAUCAUUCAUUCAUGACAAAUUCUUCAACAGAAAAUUCAAGAAAUUCAACGACCAAUGAUCAUGCCUCAUUGAGUGAUCUUGGAUUAUAUCCAGUGUCAUUGAGUAAGGAAGAGUUACAACUCUCGAAAAAUCCAAUGCUUUCAUUGAAAGAAAAUGCUCUUCAGGCCUAUAAGGGUCAAAUCUAUCUGCAAGGUGUAAUUUCACUCUUGAAAACAAAAUAUUUCACACAAUAUUCACAUGAAGAUGAGGAAGCCUUUGAGACAUGUUUUGAAAAAGUGAAAACCAUUCAAGAAAGUCUCAUUAAGGGAUGGAAAGUCGUCAAGUACAAUAAGAGAGGACUCAAACAAGAACGUUUCAUUCUAUUGACCGAUAAGAAUUAUUAUACAGUCAAGUUUGACUACUCGAAGAAACAAGUCGAUGUCAAACAUACCAAAGCGCAUCAUCUCUCGAAUCUUCAUCUCAUUGAUAUUGGAUGUUUUGAUAAAUCGACAGCACCAUGUUUGGUUAUUUACACGUCAGAGAUGGCCACAGGUAAGAAAAAGUCGUCGUCCUCGUCCUCAUCGUCCUCUUCUUCAUCCUCUCCGAAACCUCUGAGCAAAAAGACAUCCCUUCUCAAGUCAGGUUCUGAGGUACAUUUCGAUGAGGUUCAUUCGACUGUGAGUGAUAUUCAUUCCAUGAUGAUGCCAAGACCUUCCACGGCCGAUUGUUAUUGCAACAUCUUUUGUGGUCUGGAUGAAACAAGUUCCUCACUAUCCACAUCGACACCUGCUGGCUCUGCGACAAGUAUGUCCUCCGACCAUGUUGGUUCAACCAUAACAAGUAGUAGUAACAGUAGCAGUAGCAACACUCUCACCAACUCGUCCAUUCCUAACGAUGAAGCCAACAAGUUUGUGUUGGAAGAGAUUGCUUGGUCCAUCUAUGCGACUGCAUGUUGUCUCAAAGCUCAGAAAUUGCCACAACCCUAUUUUGAGUUGAAAAUUGAAAAACCAAAGCAAGGACUUACGAGCUUUAUUUACAACAAGUUGAAGAUUGGUAAUUUGAAAUAA